UCGCGCUCCCAGAUCCGCGCGUCUUCUGUUCGUAGUACGUUCGUCUUCCUCUCCGGCGCGCGUCGUCUCCUUCCUCCAGAUUCGACUGACUGGUUGUUAACUGCCGCGAGCCAUCUCCGCGAUAAUGGCAGAGGAGGGGCACAAGGUGUCGCUGAACGUGUACGACCUCAGCAACGGCCUCGCGCGCCAGCUCUCCACCUCCUUCCUCGGCAAGCCCAUCGAGGCCAUCUGGCACACGGGCGUGGUGGUGUACGGGAAGGAGUACUUCUACGGGGGCGGGAUCCAGUCGACGGCCGCCGGGGCCACGCAGUACGGCCGCCCGGUGCGGGUCGUCGACCUCGGCGUCACGCACCUGCCGCGCGAGGUCUUCGAGGACUACCUCCGCGACAUCGCGCCGCGCUACACCGCCGAGACCUACCGCCUCAUGACGCACAACUGCAACAACUUCGCCAACGAGGCCGCGCAGUUCCUCGUCGGGGCCGGGAUCCCCGGCUACAUCCUCAGCCUCCCCAACGAGGUCAUGUCCAGCCCCAUGGGCCCGCUCAUCAUGCCCAUGAUUCAGAACCUUGAGGCAUCGCUCCGGACCAACACACCGCCGCAGACCCAGCAGUUCGUGCCCACUGCAGCGUCGGUGUCCGUGCCGCCUACCCCUGCCGCGGCGGCGGAUAGCAAAGCUCCGGCAAGUGCUACUACAGCUGUCGCCGCCGCAGCGGACUCUUCUUCUAACAAGCAAGAAGAAGCGAAGAAGGUGAAGAAGGAGACUCAGGAGAAAGCCGCCGCUGCCGUUGACCCGCUCGGGAACAUGAGGGGGAAGGUGCAGGAGGAGGUGAUGAAGGAGUUCGCCGCGAUCAUGGCGAGCGGGACCUUCCGGGCGAGCGAGGCGGCCGCGCUGGCCAUGCGGCGGGUCAUGGAGCGCCACGGCGACGCCACCAGUAUGCAGCAGGCCUAG